AUGAGCGACGAGAGCCGCGGGGACGGCCGCGCCGAGAGCGCCCGGGACCUGGAGAAGCAGCUCCGCCUGCGCGUGUGCGUGCUCAGCGAGCUGCAGAAGACCGAGCGCGACUACGUGGGCACACUGGAGUUCCUGGUGUCGGCAUUCUUGCACCGGAUGAACCAGUGCGCUGUGUCGAAAGCUGACAAAAAUGUAACAGAAGAAACGGUGAAGAUGCUGUUCUCAAACAUUGAGGAUAUCCUUGCAGUACACAAAGAAUUCUUAAAAGUCGUGGAGGAAUGCUUACAUCCAGAACCUAACGCUCAGCAAGAAGUGGGAACCUGCUUUCUUCACUUUAAAGACAAGUUUCGCAUCUAUGACGAAUAUUGUAGUAAUCAUGAGAAGGCACAGAAAUUGCUUCUUGAACUUAACAAAAUAAGAACAAUCCGGACAUUUCUUUUGAACUGCAUGCUACUUGGAGGACGGAAGAACACAGAUGUCCCCCUGGAAGGAUACUUAGUAACGCCAAUACAAAGAAUAUGCAAGUACCCUCUCCUUUUGAAGGAGUUGCUGAAGCGGACUCCAAGGAAACACAGUGACUACGCCGCAGUGAUGGAAGCCCUCCAAGCCAUGAAAGCCGUCUGUUCCAACAUCAAUGAGGCCAAGAGACAGAUGGAGAAGUUGGAAGUUUUAGAGGAGUGGCAGUCUCACAUUGAAGGCUGGGAGGGGUCCAACAUUACCGACACCUGUACUGAAAUGUUAAUGUGUGGAGUCUUAUUGAAAAUUUCUUCCGGAAAUAUUCAAGAACGGGUGUUUUUUCUUUUUGAUAACCUUUUGGUGUAUUGCAAAAGAAAACACAGACGGUUGAAGAAUAGCAAAGCAUCCACCGAUGGACAUCGGUACCUUUUUCGUGGCCGGAUCAAUACGGAGGUGAUGGAAGUGGAGAAUGUGGAUGACGGCACAGCUGACUUCCACAGCAGUGGACACAUUGUUGUUAAUGGAUGGAAGAUACACAACACGGCCAAAAAUAAAUGGUUUGUGUGUAUGGCAAAAACACCUGAGGAGAAACAUGAAUGGUUUGAAGCUAUUUUGAAAGAAAGAGAACGACGGAAAGGUUUAAAAUUAGGAAUGGAGCAAGACACCUGGGUAAUGAUCUCUGAACAGGGUGAGAAACUUUAUAAAAUGAUGUGCAAACAAGGAAAUCUGAUCAAAGACAGAAAAAGGAAACUGACUACGUUCCCUAAAUGCUUUCUUGGAAGUGAAUUUGUGUCAUGGCUGUUGGAAAUUGGAGAGAUUCACAGGCCUGAGGAAGGUGUUCACUUGGGACAAGCAUUACUAGAAAAUGGAAUCAUCCAUCAUGUUACGGAUAAACAUCAGUUCAAACCAGAGCAGAUGCUAUAUAGAUUUCGCUAUGAUGAUGGAACCUUUUAUCCAAGAAAUGAGAUGCAGGAUGUGAUUUCAAAGGGUGUACGAUUAUAUUGCCGUCUUCAUAGUCUGUUUACUCCAGUGAUAAGAGAUAAGGAUUACCACUUAAGAACCUACAAAUCUGUGGUCAUGGCCAACAAGCUGAUAGACUGGCUAAUUGCACAGGGGGAUUGCCGCACCAGAGAAGAGGCAAUGAUAUUUGGCGUUGGACUCUGUGACAAUGGAUUUAUGCACCAUGUCCUUGAAAAAAGUGAAUUCAAAGACGAACCCCUGCUUUUCCGUUUUUUUGCGGAUGAGGAAAUGGAAGGAUCUAAUAUGAAACAUCGACUGAUGAAACAUGAUUUAAAAGUUGUGGAAAAUGUUAUAGCCAAGUCAUUAUUGAUUAAAUCCAAUGAAGGCAGCUAUGGUUUUGGGUUAGAAGACAGAAAUAAAGUUCCAAUAAUAAAGUUGGUAGAAAAGGGGUCUAAUGCUGAGAUGGCUGGCAUGGAAGUUGGGAAAAAGAUUUUUGCUAUUAAUGGUGACCUAGUUUUUAUGAGACCUUUCAAUGAAGUGGAUUGCUUCCUGAAAUCAUGCUUAAAUAGCAGAAAACCUCUAAGAGUUCUCGUGAGCACAAAGCCAAGGGAGACAGUGAAAAUCCCAGAUUCAGCGGAGGGACUUGGCUUCCAGAUCCGAGGAUAUGGCCCAUCGGUGGUGCACGCGGUGGGAAGAGGAACUGUGGCCGCAGCUGCUGGUCUUCACCCUGGACAGUGUAUCAUCAAAGUAAAUGGAAUCAACGUCAGCAAAGAGACACACGCCAGUGUUAUUGCCCAUGUCACAGCCUGCAGGAGGUACAGGAGACCAACGAAGCAAGAUUCCAUUCAAUGGGUUUAUAACAGCAUUGAGAGUGCUCAGGAAGACCUUCAGAAGUCUAACUCCAAACCCCCAGGAGAGGAAGCAGGGGAUGCGUUUGACUGUAAAGUAGAAGAGGUAAUCGACAAGUUCAACACCAUGGCGAUCAUCGACGGGAAGAAGGAGCACGUGAGUCUGACGGUGGAUAACGUCCACCUGGAGUAUGGUGUCGUGUACGAGUACGACAGCACCGCCGGGAUCAAGUGCAACGUGGUGGAGAAGAUGAUCGAGCCCAAAGGUUUCUUCAGCCUCACUGCCAAGGUUCUUGAAGCCCUGGCUAAAAGUGAUGAUCAUUUUGUACAAAACUGCACCAGCCUUAACUCUUUGAAUGAAGUGAUUCCUACUGACCUUCAGAGUAAAUUCAGUGCCGUUUGCAGUGAAAAAAUUGAGCGCAUAUGUCAGAGAAUAUCCAGUUAUAAAAAGUUUUCUCGUGUACUAAAGAAUAGAGCCUGGCCCACCUUUAAACAGGCCAAAUCUAAAAUCUCCCCACUGCACAGCAGUGAUUUCUGCCCCACCAACUGCCAUGUCAACGUGAUGGAAGUUUCUUAUCCCAAAACAUCAACGUCCCUGGGGAGUGCGUUUGGUGUUCAGCUGGAUAGCAGGAAGCAUAAUUCUCAUGAUAAAGAAAAUAAAUCUGAACAAGGAAAACUGAGCCCGAUGGUGUACAUUCAACAUACAAUUACAACCAUGGCGGCCCCUUCAGGUCUGUCUCUGGGGCAGCAAGAUGGGCACGGUCUCCGGUAUUUGUUGAGAGAAGAAGACUUAGAAACCCAAGAUAUCUAUCAGAAACUGCUGGGCAAACUUCAGAGUGCACUGAAAGAGGUGGAGAUGUGUGUCUGUCAAAUAGAUGACCUUCUGUCUUCCAUCACAUAUUCUCCUAAAUUAGAACGUAAGGCCUCAGAGUCCAUAGUCCCAACAGACAGUGACAAUGAGAAGGGAGAGAGAAACAGCAAACGCGUCUGUUUUAACAUGACCGGAGACGAGCAGGAAGAUUCCGGUCAUGACACCAUCAGCAACAGAGACUCUUACAGUGACUGCAACAGCAAUAGGAAUUCCGUCGCCUCCUUCACCAGCAUCUGCAGCAGCCAGUGCAGCUCGUAUUUCCACAGCGAUGAAAUGGACUCAGGUGAUGAGCUUCCCCUAAAUGUUCGCAUUUCUCGUGAUAAACAGGACAAAAUACACAGCUGCCUUGAGCAUCUUUUCAGCCAGGUGGAUUCCAUUACCAAUCUCCUGAAAGGCCAGGCUGUCAUGAGGGCCUUUGAGCAAACUAAAUACCUGACGCCAGGUCGAGGAUUACAAGAGUUUCAGCAGGAAAUGGAACCAAAGCUGAGUUGUCCAAAAAGGUUAAGGCUUCACAUCAAGCAAGAUCCUUGGAAUCUUCCCAGCAGCGUCCGGAAUCUUGCUCAGAACAUCAGAAAAUUGGUUGAAGAGGUAAAGUGCAGGAUACUCCUGGCUCUUCUUGAAUAUUCAGACAGUGAGACACAGCUCCGAAGAGACAUGGUUUUCUGCCAGAGCCUCGUGGCCACCGUCUGUGCCUUCUCUGAGCAGCUCAUGGCCGCCUUAAACCAGAUGUUUGACAACAGCAAGGAAAAUGAGAUGGAAACUUGGGAAGCCAGCAGAAGGUGGCUGGACCAGAUAGCAAAUGCAGGAGUUCUUUUUCACUUUCAGUCACUUCUGUCACCAAACUUGACAGAUGAACAAGCCAUGUUAGAAGAUACACUGGUUGCACUAUUUGAUUUGGAAAAAGUUUCUUUUUACUUUAAACCAUCCGAAGAGGAACCACUGGUUGCAAAUGUUCCUCUUACUUACCAAGCGGAAGGAAGCAGGCAAGCUCUGAAAGUUUACUUCUACAUCGAUAGUUACCAUUUUGAACAACUGCCUCAACGGUUGAAAAACGGAGGAGGGUUUAAAAUUCAUCCUGUUCUUUUUGCACAAGCACUGGAGAGCAUGGAAGGAUAUUAUUAUAGAGACAAUGUUUCAGUGGAAGAAUUUCAAGCCCAAAUAAACGCAGCCUCUUUGGAAAAGGUCAAACAGUACAACCAGAAGCUCAGGGCAUUCUACUUGGACAAGUCAAAUUCACCACCAAACUCUACAUCCAAAGCUGCCUAUGUAGAUAAGCUCAUAAGGCCUCUCAAUGUUUUGGAUGAACUUUAUCGCCUGGUAGCCUCGUUUAUCAGAUCUAAGCGCACAGCUGCCUGUGCGAACACGGCUUGCGGCGCCUCCGGAGUCGGGCUGCUGUCGGUGUCCUCGGAGCUGUGCAGCAGGCUGGGGGCCUGCCACGUCAUCAUGUGCAACAGCGGCGUGCAUCGAUGCACCCUGAGCGUGACCCUGGAGCAGGCCAUCAUUCUGGCCAGAAGCCACGGACUGCCUCCUCGCUACAUCAUGCAGGCUACAGAUGUGAUGCGGAAGCAGGGGGCAAGAGUUCAGAACACAGCAAAGAAUUUGGGAGUCAGAGACCGGACCCCACAGUCUGCUCCGAGGCUGUACAAGCUGUGUGAGCCACCUCCCGCAGUCGGAGAAGAAUGAAGAGAAUCCCCAAGGAACCAGGCGAGCAGAAGCUUCCGCACACUGGACUGGAUAAAGGACGUGUUGGCUAAACAUUUUCCACUCACCUUAAAGAAAUGGAUUUUUUUUCUUAACCUUUCAUCAUGGUAUAAAUAACUAAUGUUCAGCUUGUACUUAGAUAUUUGUGCUGGAAAUGGAUAGAAGUCCAUGCAAACAACUCAGCUUCACACACUGACCUUUCUACGUGUUAACAUCAAUUAUUCAUCCCUGGAGAUUCUAUAAAAAAUAUCAGAGAUAAAACACUAACCAUUGUGCCUCUUUUCCCAUUUAUUAAAAUUAUUGUGUUGUGUUUGCUUUCAUCUUUUUCAAAUGGAGCACGUUAUGAUGGAUGUUUCCAUUUGAAGAAGUCUGUCAUUGAAGAAACAUGGCCACACUUCCCAAAUCAUCACACAGAAAUGUGACAGACAACAGAGACUGGGUGUCAUAGGUUUUCAGUCUCCCACUUGCUCUGAGAAAGUGGUUUGUGGGUGAAAGGUGAAGAGCAUCCUUUGCUCUUUCUAAGGGAGUAUUUCUCAGUAGAGGAGAAGAGCGCUGACUGAGGCCUCCAGCAAGACCUUCUUCCAGCUGUUUUCAGGGAGUUUUUAUGCACAUGGACAGUUCCAGGGAACCAUGCUGUCCUGGGUCUCAGAAGUGGGCGUGGCUUCCUUGGGCGAUGAGACCUUCCUUAUGCGGUGCCACAGGUGUCCGGGGGUAGGGGGAGGCAGGGAUUGGGAAGGGUUGGAAGGAAGACUAGGGUGAAGGAGGAAAAAAAAAAGCCUAUAAAAAACUCAACCUUUAAAUCUGAAAGAUACCUAAAACUCUUAUUUUAUUAAGGUUUUCAUAUGAGAUGUCAGGCUCUUAAGAGAAUACAUCAUGGUGAGCGUUUUUCUAUCAAGGUAGUAUAUAUAUAAGAUGAGAAAAUAAAGCUUUAUUUGUCAAACUUUAAAAGGACUAUUAGAGACCUUGAUAAUUUAUGAAAGUACGAGAUGUAUUCUAUUUUCAUUCUAAAGUUUACAUAAUGUUUAUCCUUUCUACAUUCAUAAAAUAACAUUUUUUAGCAUAGUGAAUACAGUAAUAUUGAUUUUAAAUCUAUAGUUUUCAAAACAACUAAAAUGCCCUUGCUGUAAUAGUGAUGCUUAUGUGGAUUAAGACUAAUUUCGUAUGUGAAAUGCUUUUCGUAACUGAAGUGUAUACAAACCAUUACUCAAUUUUAAUUUAUGAAGUUUUCAAAAUCUUGUUAAAGAAAUUUCAUCACUAGCAGUUGUGUAUUGAAUAACAAAUACUGUGUUACGUGUAUGUGAGGUCUUUAUAUACUGGUCAAGGUAAUAAUAAAUGUUAUUUGGCACAGAAGCACUUAAGACUUUCAGGAUUAUAUCUAUAAUGAAAAAUAAAGAAACUGACAUCAGAGUUUUCAGAGAAAAAGUUGAACACUAUGAAUUUAAUGAAGAUAUAAGCUUAGCAUAAAUAUCUACGUCAAACAUAUUCUUCAUUUUCAGGGGUUUCACAUUCUUAAUACUAUUGCAAGUGAUCCUGAAGGUCCAUGAAAUUAGUAAAUUGUGAUUUUCCUGUACUGAAAACUUGAUUACAUUUAACACAGGGCUAAUGAGUGAGCAAAACUGAUUAACUAGCAAGUACUUUUCAUGUCGUCAUUACUGUUUUCUAAUCACUACUGUGGAAGUAGUAUUCCAUGUUAGAGGAAUGAAGGGAUCACUUAAACAUUUCAGUUGUACUUUGUUAUGUUUCAUAGGGGAAAUCAUCUGCUAUUGUAGUAUUUAUAAAUUAGCAUAUUUUAAGAUCUAAUCUCUAUAUAAUAGGAUGUAGUUAAUAUUAUCUUAAGGGUUAAACAUAGUGUAAGUGUACUGUACCAUUUAUCAGAGUGCUUGGCACUUAUUAAAAGCCCAAAAGUUAGUGAUGACAUAUUACCAUCAAUCACUGUGAUUUUUGGUCGUAAUAAAAACUGUAGCUAAAACCUAAGUAAUUUCUCCGUGCCAAGCAAUACCUCCAGGUGCUUCACCCAUACUUUGUUGUUACUGCUUUGUUACUCCUCAUAACAAUGAUUUGAGGUGAUACUCUUUGCAUCACCCCCAUUUUACAGUUGAGGAACUGAAGCAAAGAAUGGUCCAGUGACUUGCUCAAGAUCGCAGAACCAGGAUUUGAACCCAGGAUGUCUGCCUUCUUAAUACAUUAUGCUGCUUUUCCUUAUUAAUAUAGGAAAUGUUGUAAUGUUGCCAAUUAUUUGUUAGAAAAGUUGGAGUUAUGUGCAGUGUGGGCCGUUAAAUUAUACAUCUUAUAUUGAGAAGAAAGUGAAUGGAAAUAUGUAAAAUACCUUUAAUAUAUGAAAACCGUAGGAUUUCCUGGACAUUUUACCAUUCUGGAUACAUAUUAUGAGGUAACCCAAUGCUGUUGCAAUCUGAAAAAGCAUGAUAUAUUCUUCAUAAUUGAAGAUGACAGUUGCAGAUAUGUUUUGAAAGUUUGGAAUAGUACAUUAUAUAAAAUUGACUAUGAUUCCAAAACAGUGAUAACAGUGAAAAAUGUCGAAUGAGUGAAAGAAUAAAGACAACCCUUCAACAGCACGAUGUACCUCUGUGUGACGUCGGACAUUUAACUGACCUUGAGUUUUUAGAUGAGAUCUGUCAUGUUCAGGGUGGUAUGACCAUAGACUGGCCUUGAGUUUUUAGCAUGGGUUUACCUCAAUGCUCACAUACUCCUCUGCAACCAGUGUACCUUUAAACAUUGCAAAAGCCUGCUCACAGUUUUUCCAAGUUCUGCUGACUUUGAAGUUCUGAGUUUGGACAUCUGCCUCUCUCCACCUAAAGGGAAGGUCACGCCUAGAAAUUUUGGUUCUUAAUAUGGAACUCAUUGAUAAGUACUUGUUAACUAGUCAUUCAUGAUCAAUAAAUCUUAAACAUUCCAUCAUAUAAAGUUUUCUUGUUAAACAUUACAAAAUUUAAUAUAUUAUUAAAAGUGUGAGUAAUUUGAAGAGACUAGAAUUUUGCAUCUAUUUUCAUUACAUUUAACAAGAAAGAAAAGGAAGAAAGAAAGAAAGAAAGACAAACAGACGGAGGAAGGAAGGGAGGAAGGAAGGGCGGAAGGAAUGAAGGAAGGAAGGAAGUAACUUUUGUACUACUUUUACUUAUGUUGGAUGUGUAAUUUUAAAUUUAGAGUAUAAGCUUUAUUUUAUGAACCAAUAUCCCCAUCUUAGAAGUCUCAUACUACUUUCUCUCUUUUCAAAUCACAUUCUUCCAGUUGCUUAAAUUCACUGUGCGUUCAGUGGCCACUCUUCUUGAAGCAACAAUGUUCAAUUUAAAAUUAGGUUAACUCUUACAAUACUAUAAUACAUAUCACAUUGUAAUGAUACUGGUUCUGACUCUAUUAAUUUAAAUUUUGUGAUAGUUAAAUUCAGAAUGAAAUGAUAUUGACCUUGGCACUAACUGUAAAAGCCAAGAAAAUGAAUGGGUAAAAAAAUCCUGAGUGGCAUGUUAACUCAUUUAAGAAACCAAACUAUAUUCAACCCUUUGGACAUAUGUUACCAGCAAAACUAAUGUUUAUCGACUUGGAAGCAUUCAGUUGAGUUAGUUACUCAAUGUAUUUGAAAAUAAUAACUUUGCAAUUAGAACACCAAAGUAUUGUCAUUAGUUCAUGUAGACCUUUUCCUAUGUAGCAUGAUUUACUGCAGAAUAGAGGGGAUAUUUUUAUUCACCUAUAUUUUCAGUAAAACGUAAGAUUGAAAUUGAAAAUGACUAACUUUAAGACAUUUUCAUUUACAUUUUACUUUAAAGGUCAUUUUUAGCUUUUCUUCACUACCUAUGUUUACUAAUAUUGAAACUAACCUUUACCAUGUGAUUAAAUGGCUUCUGAAUUUUUUAAAACCAUGUUUCAUCUUUAAAGGCUUAUUUUUAAGUGAAUUAUCAUACAAAAUUAUAGCUCAAUUACUUUCCCAAAGUGAGUAGUAGUUAUUUCAUUAACAUGUAUAUAUAUUAACCAAUUUGCUGAAUGAAUUGUCAGCUGUCCUGCAUAGAUAUGAAGGCAAAAGCUCUGGAAACGAUUUAGGAUGAUCUGAACCUCGAUUAAGAAAAAUAUUCUGUACUCUAUCAAGUUUUUGAAGUGUUAGGGAUGAGUCUCAGAAAAGUUUCACCCUUGAUGACACAGACGAGGUGGAGUUAAGUUCCAGCAGGCGUCUGGGCCAAGAGUGGGCUUAGGCUGAUUCCUUUUACGUACAGUGGCCACAACCUUCAUAGGUGCUGCGAUUCCAUAAUAGUUGUUAUGGUUAGUCUUUUGUUUUAAAAAAAUUUUACUACUUAAAAGCUUUGCUUUUAACAGUGAUCUCAGCAUUCAUAUUGCCAAGCUGUGCUCCACAAACACAUGACCUACUUCACUCAGGAUAGCUUGCCUCUCUCACUGAGAAGAGAUGUCUGAUGUCUACUAGGUGUACUAAGAGAGAUAUAUAUAUAUUUUAUAUACAUAUAUAUUUACAAUGUUUUGUUUUUAAGAUAAUACGUGAUAAAAAUUAUUUAGAUUCUUCUGUCUUAUUUUGUAUGAAGGUAUGAAAUAUGGAGUUGUUCGAUAUAUUGAAUGUCUGUCUAAAUAUGCCAUCCGCGUGCCUGGUGGGCCAUCUUUUGGUCCCUGGCACUAGUUUGCUACUCAGUCUGGAGUCUAUUCACCUGGCUCACCAUCAGAAGAAGUAGCCAAUUAAGAACAAAAUUGUUGAAUUCUUACACGAUAGUUCUAGUAGAAAUAGAAAGCUUUGAAUAGCUAAUUUGGUGUGCAAACAACAGAAAAAAUGUUAUCCACUCAUGUAUUCACUCAACAAACAUGUUUGAGAAUUCACUUUGCAAAAGGCACAGCUAGUGGGCCUCGUUCAUGUGUUGCAUAUAUUUGGUUCAAAAAUCUUCACAAUAUCUCCUCUGUGUUAACCUCCUCUGUGUCUUUUACUCGGAAUGAUAUUAUUUGUAACACAAACCUAUUCUAAUAUCAUGUAGGUAUAGACGCUGUGUGAAGUCAGUAUUAUUAAGUAAAAUGCCCUAGAAAAUACAUUUAAAUUUGAGUAUUUAAUGCCUCAAGCAAAUUUACUAGAGUUUCAAAUGAAUAUAUAUUUUUGUAACUGCCAAGUAAAUGAGUAGAACAUAGCUUUUUGUUUAAAAAAUAUUUUUAUAAGUAUUCAUUUACACAGUAUUCAUUAUUUUAAACAUUAAAAUAUCAAAUUAGUUCUAUAAAUAGUGAUUCUUUAGAAUAUA